GAUGGCAUUGGGAGUGACUUAAGGGGUCACUACGCAAUGGGAUGGUCAGAGACAGCCUCUCAGGAGGAGGUAGCAUUGAAGCUAAAAUGUGAACAAUAUGAACAGAUGCAGCAUAGAGCACUAAAGUACAGGAUGUGCAAAGGCCCUGAGGUUGAAAUAAGCUAAAUGCAUUAGACUAGGGGUUCUCAAGUAAGGGGAAUUCUGCCCCCUAGGGGACAUUGCAAUGUCUAGGGAGACUUUUUUUUUGAGACGGAGUCUCGCUCUGUCACUAGGCUGGAGUGCAGUGGCGCGAUCUCAGUUACUGCAAGCUCUGCCUCCCAGGUUCACACCAUUCUCCUGCCUCAGCCUCCUGAGUAGCUGGGACUACAGGUGUCCGCCACACACCCGGCUAAUUUUUUGUAUUUUUAGUAGAGAUGGGGUUUCACCUCGUUAGCCAGGAUGGUCUCGGUCUCCUGACCUUGUGAUCCGCCCUCCUCGGCUUCCCAAAGUGCUGGGAUUACAGGCGUGAGCCACCGCUUUUUCUUUUUGAGACGGAGUCUUGCUCUGUUGCCCGGGCUGGAGCGCAGUGGCACGAUCUCGGCUCAUUGCAACCUCUGCUUCCCGGGUUCAAGCGAUUCUCCUGCCUCAGGCUUCCGAGUAGCUGGGAUUACAGGUACAUGCCACCACGCCAGCUAAUUUUUGUAUUUUUAGUAGAGAUGGGGUUUCGCCAUGUUGGCCAGGCUGGUCUCGAACUCCUGGCCUCAAGCAAUCUGCCUGUUUUGGCCUCUCAAAGUGCUGGGAUUAGAGGCGUGAGCCACCGCACCCAGCCUAGGGAUACUUUUUAAUUGUGACGACUUCGGUGGUGGUGGUGGGGGUGUGCUGUUGAAAUCUAGUGGGUGGGGGCCGGAAAUGCUUUGUGACAUCCUAAAAUGCAUGGGACAAUUGCCACCACAGAAGAUGAUCUGGCCUCAAAUGUUUGUCAUACUGAGAUGGAGGAAGUCUGGGAGAGAGACUAGGAAAAAGCCUAGAGGUGAAAGGCAAGGUCAAAGACUCUGAUCCUCCUACGAUCAUCAGCAGGCAGUAACCGAGGGACCGUGGCCAGGCGCUGAAGUGAAUUCGGGUCCAAGGAGCCUGCUGGGACCCAGGAAAACGAGAGAAGGAACAGAAAUUGUGGUGGAGGCAAAUUCAAGGUCAGAAGAUUGGGGAGGAGGUGCUUAGAGAGGUCUGGAGAGAUGCUGGGACCCAGAACUGGGGCCUCCGUGAGAUCAGCAGGCUGCAGCUAAACUGUGGUAUCCGGACCAUGCGGCUGAUGCCCUGGGAGGGAGGCCACUUGCUUAAGUCCUCCAGGAGGGCGAUGGAGGAGCCGGCAUUCAAACCAGGCUCAUGGAUGCCAAGAUAUGGACGCAGAGAGGGAAGCCCUGCAGAGCACUGCUUACUCUGAAGUGCAGACCUUCUGCCAGAAGCACGGCUUGAUGUUUGAGGUCGUUGAUCUGAGGUGGGGUAUUCGGAACAUUGAAGCCACUGACCACUUGACCACAGAACUCUGCUUGGAGGAGGUUGACCGGUGUUGGAAAACAUCCAUAGGGCCAGCUUUUGUUGCCCUCAUCGGUGAUCAGUACGGCCCCUGUCUGGUUCCCUCGCGGAUCGAUGAGAAGGAGUGGGAGGUAUUGAGGGACCAUCUGACUGCCAGGCCAAGUGACCUGGAGCUGGUGGCACGAUACUUCCAGAGGGACGAGAAUGUGGUUCCUCCCACCUACGUCCUGCAGGCACCAGGUACUGGGGAGGCCUGUGAACCAGAGGAGGCCACCUUAACUUCUGUCCUACGCUCUGGAGUCCAGGAGGCCCGGAGGCUGGGGCUCAUCACCCAGGAGCAGUGGCAGCGCUACCACCGGUCAGUCAUUGAGUGGGAGAUAGAGCGGAGCCUGCUGAGCUCAGAGGACCGGGAACAGGGAGCCACCGUCUUCCUUCGAGAGAUCCAAGACCUCCACAAACACAUCCUUGAAGACUGCGCCCUUAGGAUGGUGGACCGGCUCGUGGAUGGCUGCCUGGACACUGAUGCCCAGAACCUUCUCAGCAGCCUCAAAAGUCACAUCACUGACAUGCACCCCGGGGUCCUCAAGACCCACUGCCUGCCGUGGAGCCGCGACUUGGUGAACCCCAAGAACAAGACUCACGCCCGCUACCUGAAGGAGCUGGGUGAGCAGUUUGUGGUGAGGGCCAAUCACCAGGUCCUCACACGCCUCCGUGAGCUGGAUACGGCCGGACAGGAGUUGGCGUGGCUCUACCAAGAGAUCCGCCACCACCUUUGGCAGAGCUCGGAGGUCAUUCAGACCUUCUGUGGACGCCAGGAACUCCUGGCCCGGCUUGGGCAGCAGCUCAGGCACGAUGACAGCAAGCAGCACACCCCCCUGGUACUCUUUGGGCCCCCAGGCAUCGGAAAGACAGCCCUGAUGUGCAAGCUGGCUGAGCAGAUGCCAAGGCUGCUGGGCCACAAGACAGUGACCGUCCUGCGGCUGCUGGGGACGUCACAAAUGAGCUCAGAUGCCCGUGGCCUGCUGAAGAGCAUCUGCUUCCAGGUGUGCCUGGCCUAUGGGCUGCCCUUGCCCCCUGCCCAGGUUCUGGACGCCCACACCAGGGUGGUCCAGUUUUUCCAUACCCUCCUCCACACUGUCUCUUGCAGAAACUUCGAGUCUCUCGUGCUCCUGCUGGAUGCUAUGGAUGACCUGGACUCUGUCCGCCAUGCUCGGAGGGUUCCCUGGCUGCCUCUCAACUGCCCCCCGAGGGUGCACCUCAUCCUCUCAGCUUGCUCGGGGGCACUGGGGGUUUUGGACACCUUGCAGCGGGUGCUCCUGGACCCGGAGGCCUACUGGGAGGUGAAGCCCCUUUCCGGAAACCAAGGCCAGCAGAUGAUCCAACUCCUGCUGGCGGCUGCAAGGAGGACGCUGAGCCCGGUGCACACAGAUUUGCUCUGGGCCAGCCUCCCAGAGUGUGGGAACCCAGGGCGGCUGAGGCUGGCGUUUGAGGAAGCCCGGAAAUGGGCCUCUUUCACCGUGCCUGUCCCGCUGGCCACCACCGCAGAGGAAGCCACGCACCAACUCUGCACCCGCCUGGAGCAGACACACGGGCAGCUCCUCGUGGCCCACGUGCUGGGCUACAUUGUGUCUUCCCGACACGGUCUCUCGGAGGCGGAGCUGAAGGAUGUUUUGUCCUUGGACGACGAGGUCCUGCAGGAUGUGUACCGGGACUGGACCCCACCCAGCAAGGAGCUGCUGCGCUUCCCGCCCCUGCUGUGGGUGCGGCUUCGUCGGGAUCUGGGAUACUACUUGGCCCGGCGGCCCGUGGACGGCUUCACCCUCCUGGCCAUUGCCCACAGACAGCUGGUCGAGGUGGUCCGUGAGCGCUACCUGUCGGGAUCCGAGAGAGCCAAGAGGCAUGGCGUCCUGGCCGACUUCUUCUCAGGGACCUGGAGCCAGGGUACCAAGAAGCUCAUCACUCUGCCACUUGUGGGGAAACCACUGAACUUGGACCGAAAGGUGGCCCCGCAGCCUCUGUGGUUCUCACACACGGUUGCAAACCUGCGGAAGCUGAAGGAGUUGCCCUAUCACCUGCUUCACUCGGGCCGCCUGGAGGAGCUGAAACAGGAGGUUCUGGGCAGCAUGAGCUGGAUUUCCUGCCGGGGCAUCUCUGGGGGCAUUGAAGACCUGCUGGAUGACUUUGACCUGUGUGCCCCUCACCUGGACUCUCCUGAGGUUGGCCUGGUCCGUGAAGCCCUCCAGCUCUGCCGCCCUGCUGUGGAGCUCCGAGGCAUGGAGAGGAGCAUCCUGUACACAGAACUGCUGGCCAGACUCCAUUUCUUCGCCACCUCACAUCCAGCACUGGUGGGACAGCUAUGCCAACAGGCCCAGAGCUGGUUCCGGUUGUGCGCACACCCUGUGCUGGUGCCCCUCGGAGGAUUCCUCCAGCCCCCAGGAGGACCCCUCCGGGCAACCCUCAGCGGUUGUCACAAAGGCAUCACCGCCAUGGCAUGGGGUGUGGAGGAGAAGCUGCUGGUGAUUGGCACCCAGGAUGGCAUCAUGGCUGUGUGGGACAUGGAAGAGCAGCAUGUGAUCCACAUGCUAACUGGACACACAGGAGAGGUGAGGUGUGUGAAAAUAUUUGCCAAAGGGACCCUCGCCAUCUCUGCUUCAAAGGAUUACACGCUGCGCUUGUGGAACUUACUCUCUGGCCAGGAGAAAUUUACCAUUUGGGAUGGAGGCUCAAAAAAUCCCGCUGAACCUCAGAUCUGGAACCUUCAUGUGGAUGAGGCACACAAAGUUGUGUAUUCAGCAUCUGGCUCAAAGAUCAAUGCUUGGAAUCUGGAAACUGCAGAGCCGGUAUUCCAUAUCCUGGGAGAUGCCUCUGAUCCUUGGAUGUGCAUGGCCGUGCUGGCCUCCCAGGCCACACUGCUGGCAGUGUCCAGGGAUGGUGUGGUCAGUCUGUGGAGCUCAGCUACGGGAAAACUUCAGGGGAAGCAACAUAUGUCCAGCAUCAAAGAAGAAACACCUACCUGUGCCGUCUCAGUCCAGAAGCAAGGAAAGCUUGUUACUGGGUUUAGCAAUGGCUCCAUCUCUUUGGUUUCCUCCAAAGGGGACAGAUUGCUGGAGAAGCUUCCAGAUGCUGUAAGGUUCCUGGUGGUCUCUGAAGAUGAGUCCCUCCUCGCCGCAGGCUUUGGAAGAUUGGUGCGGAUAUUCUUGGCGGACUCGAGGGGCUUUCGCCGAUUCAUGGCCAUGGAUCUGGAACAUGAAGACAUGGUGGAGACGGCUGUUUUUGGUACUGAGAACAACCUGAUCAUCACGGGGUCCCUUGAUGCGCUCAUUCAGGUGUGGAGUCUGUCAGAACAGGGGACCCUUCUGGACAUCCUGGAAGGCGUCGGGGCCCCCGUGAGCCUGCUGGCCCGCGGCGGGGCUUUGGUGGCAUCUGCUUCCCCACAGUCCUCAUCUUUCAAGGUCUGGGAUCUCAGCGAUGCUCAUAGGUCCCGGGUGCCUGCACCAUUUCUGGACCGCACCGGCCUCACCGCAGUGUCCCACAAUGGAAGCUACGUCUACUUCCCCAAAAUUGGGGACAAAAACAAAGUCACUAUUUGGGACUUGGCAGAAGGCGAGGAACAAGAUUCCCUGGACACCUCCAGUGAGAUCAGGUGUCUGGAGGUUGCUGAGCAGCGCAAGCUCCUAUUUACGGGCCUCGUGUCGGGGGUCGUCCUUGUGUUCCCCCUGAAUUCCAGGCAGGACGUGAUAUGCAUUCCCCCUCCCGAGGCCCGGAAAGCAAUCAACUGCAUGUCCCUGAGCAAGUGCGAGGACCGCCUGGCCAUCGCCUAUGACAACAUCGUCCUGGUGCUGGACAUCACCCCCGGGGACCCCUGCCCGGUCAUCGAUGGGCCAAGGUACACCUUUUAUACUCAGCUGCCCGAGACCCUCUCCAGCGUGGCCAUUCUGACGGACUACUGCGUGGUCUACAGCAUGACCAAUGGGGACCUCUUUCUUUAUGAGUGUGCAAAUUCCAAAGCGUUUCCCUUGGAGGCCCACAGGAGCCGAGUUGCCUGUGUGGAGGUCAGCCACAAGGAGCAGCUGGUGGUCAGCGGGUCUGAGGAUGCCCUGCUGUGUCUCUGGGACCUGCAGGCACGCAAGCGGAAAUUCGAGAUGAGCUACACGAGUUCUUACUGCAGAGGGGUCCAAUGUGCUUGCUUCUCCAAGGAUGACAAGUACGUGUACGUGGGCUUAAAGGAUCGCUCUAUACUUGUUUGGAGUGUGCUGGAUGGAGAUAAGUAUCAUUGCUAUCCUUGUUUGACAAUGAAGAAGCUGAGGAUCAGAGAGGUUAGGAGACUUGCCCAAGGUCACAAAACGAGCACCCUGCUGACGGUCCAGUUUGUUCAUGCUGUGGUAAACAGAAUCAUCCCAACCACCAGUGGCUUCAUUGCCCCCACCAGUCAUGGUUAUCUGAUCCGAGAGCGUUUCCAGUGCCUUUCAGCAAAAGCCUCACCGCAGGACCCUCUUAAGAACUUCAAGAAGGCAGUGUGGAUGGUCAAAUCCAGGCAGAGAGAGGAGCUAGUUGCAGCUGCAGGAGCUCCCCAGGACUUGGAGUCAGAAAGUGCCCAGGGAAAUGAAACCAAAUCAAACAAAUGCUCACAAGUCUGCCUGAUAGUGUAAAAAAAAAAACAAAAAAAACAACCCUGUGGGGGUAUGGGGCUCCAAUGAGUUAGCCCCAUUUAAUCUAGUUAAAGCAAAAAGAAUACGUUUGCUGGUGUAUAUCUGGACCUAUGGCUUCAGAUUACGGCUUCAGACCUUGUCUCGUCUCAUCUUUCCAUUAUUCUUUCCUCUUUUUCAUUUUCUUUCUCAGAUUUGCCACCCCCAGGUUAGCAACAUAGUGGCCAAUAUGCUGCUGUCUCCAAUUUCAAUAGAAAAGAGAGCUUCCCUUUCCCAACAGUCUUAGCCUCAACUCUACUGGUCCCAAUUGGCCCAUACGCCUAGCCCUAAACCAAUUAUUAUAUCUGGGAGAAUGCAGAGCUCUAAUCGGCUAGACUGAUCCAAUGUCCACCACUGGGACUGAGAAUAGAAGAGAUUAUUCCUGAGAUGCAAACUGGAGUUCUGGUACCAGAUGAAGGGGGAACGGAUGAAUGUGAGAUACAGCAAAUCACUGAUGUGGACCACAGAACUUCACAGUUUAUAAAGCUGUAGAUGCUGUCAUCUGAUCUUCAUCACAACUCAUACUUUAGGGAGGGCAGGAGUUUCUGUAUCUAUUUUACAGAUGAGGAAACUGAGCCUUGCGGAAGUAGUUAUGAUUUGAUUCAGGUCACAAGUCCAAGGUGCAAGAGCUCUGAGAGUGAGCCUUCUGUCCCAUUCCUGUUAGACCUCACUACAAUUUCAGUCUGCAGAGCACAACCAUCUCUUCCACAGGCACCACACUCAAAUGCUCACAGGAGCUAGUGACUAAUCUAGAUACUUCCAUGCACCUGGGUGAGCAGCAGGGAGAGACAGAGACUGGACAUGUGGAAGGCAGAGAUUGUGUCUAGGGUGGAUAUGAGCAGCCUGACUGUAGCCCAGACUCACCAUGGCCAAACCAGCCCACUGCUGUCAGUGCUUCCAGUUGUAAUAAGCAAAGCCAGAAAUUCAGACUUUUAUGCAAAAAUGUUCUGACUUUUAAAGUUGGCAAUUGGUUGAAUUUGUAUCUAUAGUGCAUUUGGCAUGUGCGUCUUUGGUUAAUGAGCUGACUUCAGGACUCACACUGGCAGUAAAACAAUCAACAUGUUAUAGUUCAUCCCUCUCUAUUCCUUGGCUUCCAAACUUUUGGGAUAAAAAUGUGGGUUUUUAAUCUUAAAAACUGGAGGCUCUUGGAAGUAGAAAGACCUGCUGAUCUCUCCCUGCUUUGCUUUUGAACCAUCUGCCUUGUGCAAGUUCAACAGUCAAACUGUUUUCAUUCCACUUAAGUGGAUCUUUCUUUUUUGCCCACAGCCUUCUAAAAGCCCUUCUCAGUCUUCUCAGGCUUUUACUUUAAUGCUAGGAGAGUCUAAAUCUUCAAGGUGGCUAUCCCUUCUCCCCUCCGUGGAAUUCCUGAUAGAGUCUCAAUAAAAGCAACCUUAGAAACAGAGGCUUUUGAGCUGAACAAGACCCUACUGCUGUCUUAUUCAUCCAUUUUCCAAACCAGUUUUCCAAGGCAGGUUUUGGUAGUUCUGCAAAUGUUAGUGUCAAAUUUCAUUUAAAAAUAUUUUAAACUGUAAUUUUAAGAUGUAUGCUUGGAUGUAUUGGGCAGCAGCUUCUAAGGUGUUGAAGAUUACUAAGGUUGGUGCAAAAAGUAACUGUGGUUUUUGCCAUUAAAAAUAUUAAAAAUAAUGGCAAAAACUGGCUGGGCACGGUGGCUCACACCUGUGGUCCCAGCUCUUUGGAAGGCCGAGGUAGGUGGAUCACCUGAGGUCAGGAGUUUGAGACCAGCCUGGACAACAUGGUGAAACCCUUCUCUACUAAAAAUACAAAAAUCAGCCAGGCAUGGUGGUGAGUGCCUGUAAUCUCAGUUACUCAGGAGGCUGAGUCAGGAGAAUCACUUGAACCCGGGAGGUGGAGGUUGCAGUGAGCUGAGAUUGUGCCACUGCACUCCAGCCUGGGUGACAGAGCAAGACUCCAUCUCAUAAUAAUAAUAAUAAUGGCAAAAGCCUCGGUGGCUCACGCCUGUAAUCCCAGCACUUUGGGAGGCUGAGGUGGGUGGAUCACUUGAGGCCAGGUGUUCAAGAGCAGCCUGGUCAACAUGGUGAAACCCUGUCUCUACUAAAAAUACAAAAAUUAGCCUGGUGUGGUGAUGUACACCUGUAAUUCCAGCUACUUGGGAGGCUGAGGCAGGAGAAUGGCUUGAACCCAGGAAGCGGAGGUUGCAGUGAGCCGAGAUCGCACCACUGCACUCCAGCAUGAGUGACAGAGACUCUGUCUCCAAAAAAAAAAAAAAAAAAAAGUAAUGGCAAAAACCACAAUUAAUUUUGCAUCAACCUAAUAAUUUAGGAUUCUUCUGCCAUUUUCAUUUAACUGAUUUAACUGAAGAGCCCAAUUAAAUUGUGAAGGGAGCCCUGAAAAAAUUAGCUACUCUUUGCCACUGCUUCUCUGUGAAUCAAGGGCUUACCCAAUGCAGAAAUAAAGUAGAUGUUGAGACCAAUUAAGAUUUCAUCUACAAAUUCUGAUUUUUAAUGCCUGUGUCCAUCUCCACAGCCUCAGUGAGAAAUGAUUGUUUUGUAGAUAAAUCCUAAUUUAAACAUUGGAAAUACCUUUUUACUAAUAAAAUGCUACAACAAAUUAUUGCUUA